UGCCCGGAAUUUCCCACCCUGCGUUCGUAAUUAUGAGAUCGUUAGAUCUGUCAGGGAAUUCGCUCUGCUCGUAAAAUCAGGCAAUGACUCCGCCAAUCAGUCUCCAUGGCUGCGGUUGCUCUAAUCGAUUUGACGGGCGCAGCGACUAUAAAAGGUGGCUUUGCCCAGUCGCUGCUUCUGGCUUCUGGGAGUGACGUCAACAUGGCUAUACUAAACUUGCAGCUGAUUUCAGUAAUUAUUUUCUUGGUGGCGGCUCUGGAAGCCCAGGAAAGUCCUGCGACUGAGUCAGAAACAACCACCGAAGCCACAACCACCGAAGACACAACCACCGAAGCCACAACCACCGAAGCCACAACCACCGAAGCCACAGGUCCACCUGAACCAACUACUGAUUCACCUGAACCAACUACUGAUUCACCUGAAACAACAACUAUCUGCUCCUCCUGCCCUGAGAACAGUACUACUCCAACCACCGACCCGCUUCCAAAAGCGAUUAACUCUCUAGAGAACGGUGGAUACCCUUUCGUUAAGCCAGGAAAUCACACCACAGGGGUACGUCAGGUGAGAGCGCACGAUGGGUUCCACAACCUCAGGUCGGAGAAGCAAUGGGCCCACUGGAACGACGCCUUCACCACCACGCCCAAACUCUAAAUCGAUGUCUACCAAAAUAUGUAUCAUAUUUUAAAGAGGGUAAAAAUUAAAUAAGAAACUAGUA